AUGUACGGACUCCUUGCCUUUAUCACAUUACCCUGGGUAAUCUCUCACCCUCGGCUGUUCAUGGUAGCAGCAGCAGCAGCCACAUACUUCUUGCAAUCGACCGACCGGACCCUUCACGACGUACACGUGGAAAUAGCCUCCCGGGUAGCUGGCAUUCUACCUGAAGACCUUCGGAGAGAUGAUGUUCUCUCUGACCAAAUGACCGUCGUUUUCCUUCACCUGUUCGUCUUCCGGUAUUUCCGUCUCGUCAUCCAUCUCAUCUCCUUCUGGCUCUUCUAUCGCCCCACCCCUGUCCCCAGAAACCCUACCCUUUUCCCCUCUGAUUGCACAAUCAUCCUCCCCACAGUUGAUCCCGAGAACAGAGACUUCAAAGAGUGUAUCACCUCAUGCCUUCGGAACCAACCAGGCGCAAUCAUCAUUGUUACUGUUGGAGAUCAACUGACGCGAUUGACCAAGGACAUCAUCGCCCCGUUGAAGCAACGAUUCCCCAACACCGAAAUCUCCGUCAAGACCGCCGACGAAGCGAACAAGCGCCGACAGGUCGCACACGGCCUUCGAUACGUGAAGACCAAGAUCACGGUCCUGCUCGAUGACCACGUCUUCUGGCUCAACGAACGCUUCCUCCCGACCCUCCUCGCCCCAUUCGAAGACCCGAAGGUGGGCAUCGUCGGAACGAACAAACGGGUCCGUCGGACAGACACGGGGUUCAACAUCAGAUCGUUCUGGAAUAUGCUGGGUGCGCUGCAUCUGGAACGACACAACUUUGAGAUCCGUGCCACUAACGCAAUCGACGGCGGUGUUUUCGUCGUGUCAGGCCGCACAUCUGCGCAUCGGUCCGAGAUCCUCCAGGAUCCCGCAUUCAUCGCCGGAUUCACGAACGAGAGAUUCUUCUUCGGUUUGUUUGGCCCCCUGAACGCUGACGAUGAUAACUUCAUCACCCGCUGGGAUGUCCGACACGGGUGGAAGGUCAAGAUCCAGUACUGCCCCGACGCAAUGAUCGAGACCACGCUGGGUACGUAUCCCAAGUUCCUCUCGCAGUGCUUGCGAUGGGUCAGAACGACCUGGAGAAGUAACUCGGCCAGCUUGUUCACUGACCGAACGGUCUGGUGCACCCAGCCGUGGUGCGUGUACGCCGUCCACUGGACCUCCUUCGUCAACUUUGCCCUUUUCUACGACGGUGCGUUGGCGUAUACCCUGCUCAAAAGCCCGCUCGGAACGGGAGACAACCUGAAAUAUCUCGCGGCGUGGAUCUUCUGCACGAAGAUGGUCAAGCUAACGCCGUACUUCCUCCGUGAGCCCCAGGAUCUGGUCAUGCUGCCGGGCUAUUUUGUCUUUGCCUACUUCCACAGCCUGAUCAAGCUGUAUGCUGGGUUGACCUUCUGGGAGACUAACUGGGGAGGCAGGAACCUGUCUGCCAUCAAUAACCAACCUGGUGGCGGCGACGAUGACGAUGACGACGCCGACGAUAGCAGCGACGAUAGCGUCGACGGCGGCGUUCAGCUUCCUCCCACUCCGCCUCCAUCACGCCGGCGUGGAAAGACAUCAGGUAGUUCCAGCUCGAACAGCGGAGCGGAUGACGGAUCUAACGCGGGUAGGACGAUCAAUUGUGCUGGUACUGCUUCAGGAUCUAAUCGUGUACAGUCUAGGAAUCGCAUCACUUCGACCGCCAGUACCAAGACGCCGCGGAAAGUCCAGGCUCAACCUACGACUAGAUUGUCGUCCUCGAGCACAUCGAGCAGCACCUCUUCACGAUGGCAGCGGUGUCCCGGUUGUCGAAAGUUACAUUCCGAUUCCGGUAGUAUAUGCCAGGUCAAGGAUGUAUGGGGUCGAUAA